AUGCCAGGCUGGGAAGAUUGCUCAUGGGGUUAUCAUGGUGAUGAUGGAAACACAUAUUUAAACAAUGAUGGCAAUUUAUAUGGACCAAAAUUUAUGACCGGUGAUACUAUCGGAUGUAGUUUAAACAUUAGAAAUAAUGCGGUAUUUUAUACAAGAAACGGAGUGAAUCUAG